AUGCUGGACAAGGCUCAUAUUUUACUAGACAAUAUUGUUCUCUCGCAAUUGGCUGUCUACGAGCCGAGAACAUUCCAGAGUCUGGUUUCCCUUGCGAAGGAGAUGGCCAUAAAGGAUGGACGAGCAGUUAUUCCUGACGAUGAAUUCAAGUUCGAGGUUCAUUUGGAUGACACUCUCUUUGGUGAACCGUUCCCGAAAGCUGUGGAGUAUCCGAGAGGCGCUCCUGAAAACCACACGAUAAAGCCACGGAAGUUGAAGCCAGAAGAGUACUGA